AUGGGGACAGCAAUUUGUCCAGGAAUUGGCACAAUAGUCGGUGGAUUAGUAGGCGGAAUAGUUGGAGGAGUGGGUGCAACUGUGGCCACAGAAAAAAUCGUUGACACGAUCUCUGAUGCUGCAGGAUAUGACAUAAAAAUCAUGUUAUGCAAGAAGUGCGAACGGCUUUACAGAUGCCGAGUUUAUCUCGAUGGAAAACUUCGCUUAUGUGACUACUGUAAAAUAGAAAGUAUUGAGAAAGAAGAAGAAGAAAAGUGGAAGAGAAGUGCUUAUAACAAGGGUUUUAUGUGA